AAUUCAACGAUUAAGUAAAUAUCGCUUGCAGUAGUAAUGGAUAACCAAAAUGCCAUCGAGUUCUUUGAAGGCCAAAACCUUUUGUACAUGCAGAUAUUUGGUAACCUAAGACCUGUGUGUCUUAUGUGGGCUUGCGAACUAGGUAUUCCAGACAUAAUAUCCAACCAUGGGAAACCCAUUACUCUUCUUGAGUUGGUCUCAGCCCUGCAAAUUCCACCAUCUAAGGUGGGUUUUGUGAAGCGAUUCAUGCGCUUUUUGGCACACAAUAGAAUCUUUGAUAUCCAUGAGAGCCAGGAAGAUCAUCAUGAAUUAGCGUAUGCUCUAACUCCUGCAUCAAAGCUUCUAGUCAAUGACAGUAUCCAUUGUUUAUCUCCAAUGCUUCAGUUCAUGACUGAUCCUUGCAAUUUUUUUUUGGUUAUGGCAAGUGAUUCCCGAAUGGUAGACUUGGUACUAAAAAAUUGCACUUCAAUUUUUGAGGAGCUAGAUUCCAUCGUGGAUGUAGGUGGUGGAACUGGAACCACAGCCAGAAUUAUUUGUGAGACAUUUCCUAAGUUGAAAUGUGUUGUGCUUGACCUUCCUCAUGUUGUAGCAAACUUGACGGGAAGCAAUCGUUUAAGUUUUGUCGGCAGCGAUAUGUUCAAAUCCAUCCCUCAAGCCGAUGCAGUCCUACUAAAGUGGGUUUUACAUGAUUGGAAUGAAGAAAAUUGCAUAAAGAUCCUCAAAAGGUGUAAAGAUUCUAUUUCAAGCAAAGGCAACAGAGGGAAAAUAAUAAUCAUAGAUGCAGUAAUAAAUGAAAAGCUAGAUGACCAGGAUAAGACUCAAACUAAGCUCUGUAUGGAUAUAGCUAUGAUGAUCGCUUUUAAUGGAAACGAGCGAACUGAAGAAGAAUGGAAACAACUCUUCAUUGGAGCAGGAUUCCAACACUACAAAAUAUAUCAUACUUUUGGUUUUAGAUCUCUUAUUGAGGUCUAUCCUUAAUGCUUAGGCACUAUAUAUUUCAGAUUAAUUUUUUUUCCUCUAAUUUAUUAUUUAGGUUUAAUUUAAUUUUUAAAUUUAGAAAAUUAAUUAUUUUGAUACUUUAAUUUUUAAAGUCAAUUUAUUUUUUUAAAAAAAUAUGUAUUUUAUAACGGUUUCAAACCACUUAGUAAUAGUUUCAAAUCGUCGUAAAAUAUGAUGUUUUACAAUUUAAACUGAAAAAUUAAAUUGAAUCAUUUUAAAAAAAAAUUAAAGGAUCAAAUUAAAUUAAAAUGUUAAUUUAAAUCUAAAAAAUAAAUUAGAGGACGAAAGAUUAAUUUAACGUAUAUGUUAUGGUGUAUGUUGCACAACGUCACAAGAUAUUGUGGUGAUGUGUCAAACAAUUCAUAUGUUGUGUGUUGUAGUUGAAUAAAGAUGUCAUAGGAAGGUAGCUAGCUAGCACUGUAAGCAUGGUGGAUCUUGUUGGCUAAGUGAUUAAAUGUAUUACGUCCGAAUUUCUCCUUUCCUAUUUAACAAAAAUAAAUUGAAUAAACUUGUAAUGGGUUUAAUACUUUAGUUUUA